GCGGUGGUCAGAGGCCCGGGCUGCGCCGUCCGCCGCGGUAGCCGCCCGUCCUCGCGGACAGAGCCGGGAUCUCUGCUGCAGGAAGGUUCAGAUUUCCCCUGAUAGCACUCUGGGGAAGGAUAGGAUAAAGGACGAAAACGCUUAUUCUACAGUUUGAAUGCAGUGCUGGGACUUACCUGCCUCCCCGAGGUCGUGGGAAAUCCCGCCAUCAUCUUGACACGGCUUUUUGGGAAGCUACCUUAUCUUCUCCAGUCAUCUCAGGUUCUCCGCCUCCUGAGGGCCUGAGCUUCCCGGAUUUCUUUGUCCAGGACACCAUGCCACAAGAAGAGUGACCUCUUGCUCUGUUUUCACCAUGGAGGACUCGGGAAAGACUUUCAGCUCUGAGGAAGAAGAAGCUAACUACUGGAAAGAUCUGGCUAUGACUUACAAGCAGAGGGCAGAGAACACGCAAGAGGAGCUCCGAGAGUUCCAGGAGGGAAGCCGCGAAUAUGAAGCUGAGUUGGAGACGCAGCUGCAACAGAUUGAAACCAGGAACAGGGACCUCCUGUCGGAAAAUAACCGCCUUCGCAUGGAGCUGGAAACCAUCAAGGAGAAGUUUGAAACGCAGCACUCAGAAGGCUACCGGCAGAUCUCAGCCUUGGAGGAUGACCUUGCCCAGACCAAAGCAAUUAAGGAUCAACUUCAGAAAUACAUCAGAGAGCUAGAGCAAGCCAAUGAUGACUUGGAAAGAGCAAAACGGGCCACAAUCAUGUCUCUGGAAGACUUUGAGCAGCGUUUGAAUCAAGCCAUUGAAAGAAAUGCCUUCCUGGAGAGCGAACUUGAUGAGAAGGAGAAUCUCCUAGAAUCUGUUCAGCGACUGAAGGAUGAAGCCAGAGAUUUGCGGCAGGAAUUGGCUGUGCAGCAGAAGCAGGAGAAGCCCAGGACCCCCAUGCCCAGCUCGGUGGAGGCCGAAAGGACAGACACAGCAGUGCAGGCCACCGGCUCUGUGCCGUCCACACCCAUAGCUCAUCGGGGACCCAGCGCUAGCUUAAACACACCAGGGACGUUCAGACGUGGUCUGGAUGACUCCACGGGUGGGACCCCCCUCACUCCUGCAGCGCGGAUAUCGGCUCUCAACAUUGUGGGAGACUUGCUUCGGAAAGUAGGGGCACUGGAGUCCAAGCUGGCGUCCUGCCGGAACUUCGUGUAUGAUCAGUCCCCAAACCGAACGAGUGGCCCAGCCUCGGGGCGGGGGAGCAAGCACAGAGAUGGUGGUGAGAGACAGCCGAGCAGCGCCGGCGUGCCUCUGGGUGACAAAGGGUUGGGAAAACGCCUGGAAUUUGGGAAGCCGCCUUCAAAUAUUUCCACACCGUCGCUGCCGUCAGCCCAGGGUGUAGUCAAGAUGUUGCUUUAGGAAAUCCACGGAAGCUGAAGCCCCGGUGUGUCUGUGCAAGGGUCCUACCUUUCUUUCCCUCUUUAAACUAGGUUUUUGUGUUUUUAAGUUAGUUUGAGAAAUAGGAGCAGUCACAUUAGCCAAUGAGGCCAUCGCCCGUGGCCCCUGGUAGUUGUUCUGGGGAAAUGUCAUGGUCCCCAUCCUGCUUGCUGGUGUGGACGGGGCAACCGGGACCCUCUGGAAAGGGCUCGAAGGUGUGGACGCCGAGGCUACCCCAUCAUUGUGAGCUGGCCUGAGUCCUCAGUGGCUUUAAGACUGUGUUUUUUAAUGUUGGGAGAUGCCUCAAAAGUGGGAUGUGAGCCCACCUCAGACUCAGGCCGUCUUCCAGAACAAAAUCUCCCAGGGCUCUGUGGCACAGGGAGGGUCUGUGUAAUGAAAUCAUGUCUAGGAGAGAGGAGUAGAAUAGGCACAUGUCUUUUUAAAAAGAAACUCUGGUGUUGUGUACCGCUGGGACUUUGUAAUCUGGCUCUCACUGAGGCACUGAGAGGUGUGCUUGUGUUUCAGAGGAGAUCUUGUGUGGACCAGGUCAGUGGAAAGUCUGUGUCCUCUUUAGACCAAUCCUGAUGGUUAGUCUUCCUCAAACUUCUACCCUGGCCUGAGGGUGACCUCCCCUUCGGGACCCUGACAGUCUUUAGGGUGUCAUGGCCUUGGGAAUGCAGCCCCUGAGAGCAGGACAUCAUUCAAAGCCUUGAUAAAUAAUCGGGGUGACCUCCAAAUAAGAUUAAACCACAGGAUUGUUGUUGGAAGCUUCCUUGUCAAAGAAGAAACAAACACGCGAUUUCCACACAGAUACUAUAUGUACUCAACCCUGCUUGGUGUGAGCUGCCCUCUCACACUUUUGGAGUUGAGUAAAAAGAACACACGAAUUCAGGAGCAUGCAUGCAGCUUAACAACCUUUUGUUACUAAGUUAUUUUUCCAAAAGAAUAGCAAAAACGUCCUUGAGUUGAAGAUAGAACUUUAGAAGUGCUACUGAAAUUCAACAGAGAAUUGAUCUCUGGUGCCCGGCUCCUUACCCUGGGAACAUUCUAACCUGUGUCAGUGAAAGACGUACUUUUAUUUUUUUAAAAGAACAAUAAAAUCAAGAGAAACUAAUUUUCACCUAGCUUGUGGUGGUGGUCAGUAAAUGCCGCUUCGUUUGUGCUUUUAUGUUUGCUCGUAUGGUGGUGAAAAACUUGUUUUUUUAACCAAGUAACUAAAUACGCAAAAAAAAAAAACCAAAAACUCUACUUUAAAAAAAUUCCCUUCAAGUCAGCUUCUUAGAAGUAAGUGUAAUUGGGGUAUGUUUGUAUAUUGCUCAGGGUAUAUUCGCAUUUGGUCACUGGCUUGAGUUUUUCAGUUUGCCUUAUUUCUUCUCUUCUCAAAUCUCUUGGACCCCACGGAGUUGGUGUGUAGAAUUGUGUCGAACAGAACUUUUGCAAGGGAUCUCUGUCUGGAACACUCAAGCUGAGGAAGGAAAGGACCUAUGACCUGGUAUUGUGUGGCCCCCGCAGUAGGAAUGGUUUUAUAUUUUUAAAGG